CUUCUGUUUUUGUUAAGCUCCUUGCCACUCAUUUAAUGGCAAUACAGGAACAAAAGGACAGACCAAAGGGUAUUUCUCUUCUUACCCACAUUUUGUUUAUUCUUCACCUGCUUAUUGUUUGCUUCUUCAUCGAGCCGGUUUCAAGUGAUCAAGGUUGGGACGGUGUUGUUGUCAUAGCAGCUGAUUUCCAAGCACUUCAAGCUUUCAAGCAAGAGCUAAUUGAUUCCAAAGGGUUCUUGAAAAGCUGGAAUGAUUCCGGCUAUGGCGCUUGUUCCGGCGGUUGGGUUGGGAUCAAGUGUGCAAAGGGUCAAGUCAUUGUUAUUCAACUUCCAUGGAAAGGAUUUGGUGGAAGAAUCACUGAGAAAAUCGGUCAGCUUCAAGCUCUUCGUAAGCUUAGCCUCCACGAUAAUCUCAUCCAAGGCUCCAUCCCUCGAGCAUUAGGCAUUCUUCCUGAUCUUAGAGGUGUUCAACUCUUCAACAAUCGGCUUUCGGGUUCGAUCCCUGCUACAUUAGGCUCAUCCCUUUUUCUUCAAACUCUUGACCUUAGCAACAAUUCACUCACCGGUGUAAUCCCUGAGAGUCUUGCAAAUUCUACUAAGCUUUAUAGGCUCAAUUUGAGCUUCAAUUCGUUUUCGGGUUCAGUCCCGAUUAGUUUCACUCGUUCGAGUUCUCUUAUUUUCCUUGACCUCCAAUACAACAACCUUUCUGGUCCAAUCCCAGAUUCUUGGGGUCACCAGAAGCUUUCCAGGCUUAGAAAUUUAGACCUUUCUUAUAAUGCAAUCAAUGGAAGCUUGCCUGUUAGUCUCUCCAAUCUUUCUUCUCUUGUUGUUUUAAACCUCGAAAGCAAUGGCCUUGAAGACCAAAUCCCAGAAUCCAUUGUCAAUUUACAUAACCUUUCAGUUCUUGUUCUGAAGAGAAACAAAUUGAGAGGUCCAAUUCCAGCAUCUGUUGGGAACAUUUCCAGUUUGACUAAACUUGAUUUGUCUGAGAAUAAGUUCAUUGGUGAAAUCCCAUUUUCUCUUGCAAAUCUCAAAGGUCUUAAUUCUUUCAAUGUCUCGUAUAACAACUUAUCUGGUCCUGUUCCAGCUCCACUGUCCCAAAAGUUCAAUGGAAGCUCUUUUGUGGGGAAUAUUGAGUUAUGUGGGUAUAGUAGAUCACCUCCAUGCCCUUCUCCAGCACCUUUACAAAAUCUACCUUCUUCGCCGUCUGCGAAACCCAGACAUAAGAACAAAAAACUGAGCACCAAAGAUAUAAUCCUGAUUGCUGCUGGUGCACUUCUCAUAAUUCUUCUUGUUCUUUGUUUGAUUUUGUUGUGUUGCUUGAUUAGAAGAAGGGAUGCAUCGAAAGAAAAGGAUGGUCGAACAACGACCCGAGCUGCUUCUGCUUCGGCUGCAGCGGCAAGAGUUGAGAAGGGGACUCCGCCUUCAGCUGGUGAAGUCGAAGCAGGAGGAGAAACUGGUGGGAAACUAGUUCAUUUUGAUGGUCCCAUGGUGUUUGCUGCUGAUGAUCUUCUAUGUGCCACUGCUGAGAUUAUGGGGAAAAGUACUUAUGGGACUGUUUACAAGGCCACAUUAGAGGAUGGGAACCAGGUAGCAGUGAAGAGAUUAAGAGAAAAGAUUACCAAAGGCCAAAAGGAAUUUGAAAGCGAGGUCAAUCUACUAGGCCGAGUCCGGCACCCGAAUCUUCUUGCAUUGAGAGCUUAUUACUUGGGACCUAAGGGAGAAAAGCUUCUUGUUUUCGAUUACAUGCCUAAAGGCAGUCUUGCAACAUUCCUUCAUGCUCGAGGGCCUGAGACCCCGGUUGAUUGGCUGACAAGGAUGAGAAUAGCAAAGGGUGUUACAAGAGGGCUGGUGUACCUUCACACUCAAGAAAACAUCAUACAUGGGAACCUUACAUCAAGCAAUGUCUUACUGGAUGAGGAUACAAAUGCUAAAAUAGCUGAUUUCGGACUUUCUCGUCUAAUGACAGCUGCGGCAAACGCAAAUGUGAUUGCAACCGCGGGAGCAUUAGGUUACCGAGCACCGGAGCUUUCCAAGCUUAAGAAAGCCAACACAAAAACCGAUGCCUAUAGCCUUGGAGUUAUCAUCUUGGAACUCCUAACAGGGAAAUCCCCUGGAGAGGCAAUGAAUGGAGUGGAUUUGCCACAAUGGGUUGCCUCCAUAGUCAAAGAAGAGUGGACGAACGAAGUGUUUGAUCUCGAGUUAAUGAGGGAUGCAUCUUCCAUUGGUGAUGAGUUACUCAACACUUUGAAACUGGGUUUACAUUGUGUCGAUCCAUCGCCAUCGGCAAGACCCGAAUUUCAACAGGUUCUCCAACAGCUAGAAGAGAUUAGACCAGACACACCUGCUAGUUCUGUACCUUCUGGUGAUGAUGGAGCUGGUGUUCCUUCAACAAGCGAGUGACAAACAAGGGUUCAUGUAUUAGGCAUUAGAGAGAGUAUUUUUUAUUCUUUUAUUCUUACAAGAAUAUCUUUAGCUAUUAAUUUUGUGUGCCAAUCCAUGAGUCUUUCCAUUC